AAACAGAGGGUUUGGUUAGGGAGCAGGAGGAUUCUACCAAUAUUCCAUGACUAAUCAUCCAUAUUAUCGACUAUUCUAAAAUCCGUUGUUACAUUUAGUCGAAAUGGCAGAUCUCAUUCGGAUCCUCCUCAAAGCAAGCGAGAAAUCCGCCGAAAUAGCAAGAACAUGGAUAAAACAAGACGAAUUAUUUAGUUUACUUGUGGAAGAAAAAAUCGGCGAAGCGAAGAACGAUCGAUUCGUACAAGAUUUCAAGACUUUAACUGAUGUCCUCGUUCAAGAGACCAUCAAACACGAAAUUUUGAGUCAGUUUACAGAGUUAAAUGGCUAUAUUUAUGGAGAAGAGUCCAAUGUAUUUACAAACAGCAAGGGAUCUAGCAUCACUGUGGAAAUAAAGGAAAAUCCAGUGGCAACAGCAAACCAUCUCAGAAAGGUCAUGAAUGAUAACAAUUCUGCUGCAACAUUAUUAGCGAAUAUAGUGCACAACAAUGUUACCAUGGUUACAGAGCAAGAUGAUGAAAACCUAAAGAACAUAGGUUUUGAGCUUGAUAUCAACAACAUUGGUAUCUGGAUAGACCCAAUAGAUGGUACUGCUGAAUACAUAAGCAGAGCUCAAGGAAAGACUGAAAAUGGUAUUCUUUCCAAAGGCCUUCCCUGUGCUACAGUUUUGAUUGGUGUUUUUAAUAAAAGCACAGGAGAGGCCUUGGGUGGUGUUAUCAAUCAACCUUUUUCAAGAUAUGAUCAGAAGAACAGAACUUGGAGAGGCCAAAUAAUUUGGGGUAUUUCUAAAAACCACUCUCUGUCAGAUAACAACCUGAAAACCCAGAGAUCUAUCAACAAUAACAAUGAGGAUUGCUCUUUGAAUAAUUGUGGGAAUCCUUUUUCUGUAGUCAUAAGCAGCAGUGAAGAUAAUGAACUCAAAGAAAAACUAAAAGCAACUGGAAUAAUGAUGCAUGAGAUUGCAGCUGUUGGCUUCAAGCUUUUAAAUGUCAUUGAUGAAACAGUAAAUGUCUACUUGCUCAGCAAGGGGUCUUCUUUUAAAUGGGAUACAUGUGCAGCACACGGCAUUCUCAACAGUAUGGGUGGAGGGGUGGUGUCCUUCCAGACAGCAGUACAGAUUGCUUCCGAGUGUGGAUUUGCUGAUAGUGAUCUCCUAAAAGAAAAAUUGAAAGAUUCCCAACUUGUCUACCACAAGCCCGACAACGAACUCUCUGAACCAGGGAAAAUGUGGAGUAAUAGUAAAGGACUUAUAGCUUUUAGAAACUUUAAAGACUUAUUUAUUAUUCUUAAAACCCUUACAGUUAGAUAGAAAUUAAAUGAGAAAUGUCUUAAAAUUUUAACAUUCAAACAAUGAGAAAUAUUUAUUUCGGGGG